AUGCGCGCAUCGAGCGGCAGUGUGCCUGCGCGUUUACUUCGAGAUAUUUGGCACUUGUUUGUAGACAAAGAUGGACCCAAUCCUAGUGAGCGACCCGAUCACGAUAUCAAUGGACCAACUCUGCACAAUUCCCCAGGCAUUAAUGCCCCUCUUGUCAUAGCCCUCUGCCUUCUCUCAAACGUCGCUGCAAACCCACACAAUCUAACUGCAGUCCAUCAAUGGCUGUCGACCAACGCUGGCACUAAUCUCGACCAACUUAUCACCUUUCUUUCCAUCCCCUCUAUCUCCGCAGAUCCUUACCGCGCCCCUCAGGUACGCCGUUGCGCUGAAUGGCUAGCGGACGAUCUUACUGCCGCAGGAAUGCACCAUGUGGACUUGCUAGAAACUGGCGGACAUCCCGUUGUCUACGCAGACUGGCUUCAUGCCCCUCUAGACGCCCCAACAGUGCUCAUCUACGGCCAUUAUGAUGUCCAACCAGAAGACCCGCUAGACUUGUGGACCACCCCGCCGUUCCAGCCAGAUGUGCGCGACGGGAAGGUAUACGCCCGGGGAGCCAGCGACGACAAGGGGAAUAUGUAUGUGCCUUUGAUGGCGAUAAAAGCGUUUUUAAAGGUGGGUGGAGGACUCCCAGUUAACGUUAAGUUGCUGCUCGAGGGGGAGGAGGAGAUUGGCUCGCCCAAUUUGAGGCAUGUCCUAGUUGAACAGAGGGAGCGUUUUCGGGCGGACUACGCGUACAGCGUGGAUGGCGGUAUGGUCUCUCGAAGCAUUCCGAGUUUGGUUCUCAGUUUGAGGGGUUCGCUUUGCUACGAGAUUGCGGUGCGUGUGGCCGAUAGAGAUAUGCAUAGCGGGUUCCUUGGAGGUGGCGUGCAAAAUCCGAUUCACGCUCUUUCGCGUCUGCUUUCUUCACUUCGGGAUAUUGAGAGUGGAAGGAUUCUUGUCCCCGGGUUUUAUGAUGAAGUCGAUGAGGCUGAUGUGGGUGAACGCAAGGAUAUGGAAGCGUUUCCCAUUUCUUCGGAGGAUAUGAUGAGCCAAAAUGGCGUUAACAUAUCUGUUGGCGAAGAGGGGUAUACGUUUUGGGAAAGGAUAUCCGUUCGCCCGACUAUCGAAAUAGUCGGCAUGUGGGGCGGGUAUAUAGAACAAGGCAUUAAGACUAUAAUACCGAGCCAAGCACACGCAAAGAUCGCUUGUCGAACGGUAAGUCUAGAGCAGAUCCUGUUGAUACUACAGACAAAAGGACUUUUUUCAACUGCAAGGAUCCCGGGGGUGACUUUAGAGAUAAAACCGGAGCCAAAUGAAGACGGAGCCCCUGUCAGUUUGAGAAAGAAUGGCACAGGGAUGCAAGCAGCUGCGAGAGUUCUGACGGAGCUUUACAAUCGCAAACCUGUUUUCAUUCGUGGCGGCGGAACAAUUGGGGCUGUGAGUAUGAUUCACCAGAUUCUCGGGCUUGAGACAACGUUGUUUGCAUUUGCAGAACCCGACAAUUUGGCUCAUUCGCCGAAUGAAUUUGCGAGACUGGAAAGCUUUCGGCGUGGGGAAAGGGCAUAUGUCCAACUACUGCAUGAGCUGUCCCUGUUGACUGGGAAGAUAGAGGCUCCAGAAGACAACAAUGGGAAGGAUGAGCUGUAG